AUGGCGGCGGCGGCGGCGGAGGGCCCGGCGCGGCGGAGGCGACCGGAGCGGGGGGAGGCGGUGGGGGGUCAGACCCCCCCCGAUCUCCCUCCCGGCGCCAAGGACCCCGGUACCGAUACCGGCACCAGCCUGGCCCGGCGGCUGCUGGGCUUCGAGCUGCGGGACCUGACGAGCUGGCACCGCUUCGUCCGCCUGCUGCACCGGCCCGUGGACCCCGCCGCGCUCGGCGCCUUCCGGGCGGCUUUCGGGCUGCUGAUGGCACUGGACGUGCCCCAGGAGCGGGGCCUGGGGCACCUGGACCAGCGGUACAUGGACGGGCUGGAGGUGUGCCGCUUCCCCCUGCUGCCCUUCCUGCAGCCCCUGCCCCUCGACUGGAUGUACCUCCUCUAUGCCAUCAUGUUCCUGGGGGCCCUGGGCAUCAUGGUUGGGCUCUGCUACCGCCUGAGCUGUGUGGCAUUCCUGGUGCCCUACUGGUACCUGCUGCUGCUGGACAAGACCUCCUGGAACAACCACUCCUACCUCUAUGGGCUGCUGGCAUUCCAGCUGGCACUGAUGGGCGCCGACCGCUACGGCUCCCUGGACGGCCUCCUGCGGCCCCACAAGCGCAAUGCCCACGUCCCGCUCUGGAACUAUGCCCUGCUGCGUGCCCAGGUCUUCAUCGUUUACUUCAUCGCGGGGCUGAAGAAGCUGGACCCUGACUGGGUGGGAGGGCACUCGAUGGGCAGCCUGGCACGGCACUGGCUCUUUGCUCCCUUCCGGGUGGUGCUGUCAGAGGAGCUGACCAGCAGGCUGGUGGUGCACGGGGGGGGGCUGCUGCUCGACCUCUCCGCUGGCUUCCUGCUGUUCUUCGAUGCCAGCCGGCCCCUGGCACUGCUCCUGGUCACCUACUUCCACUGCAUGAACUCGCAGCUCUUCAGCAUUGGGAUGUUCUCCUACACCAUGCUGGCCACCAGUGCCCUCUUCUGCCAGCCAGCCUGGCCCCGGCGCCUCUGUGCCCGCUGCCCGCCCUGCCUGCGGCGCCUGCUGCCCGGUGCCCACCCGCCCCGGCCCAGCCCCGACUGCCACUACGGGGGGCAGGGGGGGGCAGGGGGCAGCCUUCGGCCUCGCCAGCACCUGGCUGCUGCCUUCACCAUCCUCUACGUCCUGGAGCAGCUCUUCCUGCCCUACUCACACUUCAUCACCCAGGGCUACAACAACUGGACCAAUGGCCUCUAUGGCUACUCCUGGGACAUGAUGGUCCACUCCAGGUUCCACCAGCACGUCAAGAUCACCUACAAGGAUGGGCUGACAGGGGAGGUUGGCUACCUGAAACCAGGGGUGUUCACGCAGAGCCGGCGCUGGAAGGACCAUGCCGAUAUGCUGAAGCAGUACUGCAGCUGCCUCAGCCUGCUCCUGCCCCGCUACAACAUCAGCCACCCACAGCUCUACUUCGACAUCUGGGUCUCCAUCAACGACCGCUUCCAGCAGAGGCUGGUGGACCCUCGGGUGGACCUGGUGCGGGCACCCUGGUCCCCCUGGCGCCCCACCCCUUGGGUGCUGCCCUUGCUGCUGGAGCUCUCGCCCUGGCGCCAGCGGCUGCAGGAGAUGGAGAAGCAGCUGGACGGACACACGGACGCUGUCUUCAUCGCUGACUUCCCCGGCCUUCACCUGGAGAACUUUGUGAGCGAGGACCUGGGCAACACCAGCCUGAAGGUGCUGCGUGGGGAGGUGCUGGUGGAGCUGGUGGAGCAGGGCAGGAACCACUCCCUGCGGGAGGGCCAAGGGAUGCAGCUGCCCGCAGGGCAGUACCACAAGGUGCACACCGUGUCGGAGCAGCCCUCCUGCUACAUGUACCUCUACGUCAACACCACCGCCCUGGCCCUGGAGCGCAACCUGACCCUGCUGCAGGAGCUGCGGGAGAGGGUCCUGAACGGCAGCGAGAAGGAGCCUCUGCCCCCUGAGCUGAGGCCCAUCCUGGGGGAGCCGGUGCCAGCCGGGGUCACCGCAGACCCCCUGGCCUUGGCCUUCCUGCGGCGCCAGCGGCGGCUGGAGGAGCAGAGCCGGCGGCGGGAGGCAGGCCUGGGCCAGCGCCUGCAGCGCUUCCUCACCAAGAAAUUCUACCUCUUCCGACGCAGUGCCCUCAUGACCCUCAUCUCCCUGCGGAACCUGGCGCUGGGCCGCCCGCCGCUGGCACAGCUGGCACAGGAGGUGGCUUACGCCAGCCAGCGCGGCCAGGAGGAGGAAGCAGCAGCAGCAGCUCAGCUGGGGAGCAGUGGGGAAGCCCAAGGGGGAGCCCCUGAACUCUAA